AUGCGACCGAACAUUGUUCUCGCGCUUGUGCUCGACUGGGCCGCUGCUUAUGCAUCAGCUUCGAGUCUCGACAACAAUGCGCGUAGCUUUCUAGGCGAUGCGCUCGUGCGCAAAGAUCCACUGCAGACCGUGCUUGACCACACACCUGCGAGCGUGCCGUCAUGCGAGCCAUCUCCGACGGGACCCAUAGAAAUGACGAUGUGCGACUACGAAACGAUGGAGAGUGUGAAUCCCGAGUUGUACGAACAGUUGCACGCACUUGUAGAGACGCCGUUCUUCCGCUACUUCCGGGUAGACUUGUACCGAGAUUGUCCAUUUUGGGACGAGGACUCUCUCUGUAUCAACGAGAGUUGUAGAAUUAUCACGGUCGAAGAGAGCGAUAUUCCUGAACCAUGGAGGGCGAAGGCGUUGAGUAAGCUCGACGCGAAGAGCCAAGAAAACCGCACAACCCUACCUGGGUGCUACUAUCGCGACUCUGACUUCUGCUUUUUGGACGAUGACACUGAGGGAGAUUACGUUGAUCUCGCUCUCAACCCUGAACGAUUUACUGGAUAUGCGGGUAUCUCGACCAAGAGGAUAUGGGAGGCCAUUUACCAGGAGAACUGUUUCGGCGACUCGGAGCUUAACUUGAUGAACGAGCCGUCGAAGGCUGCAAUGACGAUGCCGGAUACCCUCACAGAGCCCUUGCAUCCUGAUAGCGCCGGAUCAGAAGGCGAGCAAUGCGUUGAGAAGCGGGCGUAUUAUAAGAUCAUUUCCGGCCUGCAUGCCUCUAUUUCCACCCACAUAUGUCUGGAGAACUUCAACCAGCGUACGGGUGAAUGGGGGCCUGACCUCCAGUGCUUCGUCAAUCGCGUAGCCUCGCACCCAGAGCGUCUACAGUACAUCUACUUCAACACUGUCCUCCUUCUCCGCGCCGUCGCACGCCUCGGCCCAUACCUGAACGCGUACGACUAUUGUGCGUCAGCAACACAUGACGAGCACACCCUGACUCUCGACUCCGUUCAACGAGUGGUCGAUCUCGCGAAGAUUGCGGGCAAGUUUGACGAGACGGUGUUAUUCGCCGGUGCAAAUGCCGCGGUUCUCAAGGAAGAGUUCAAGCAGCACUUCCGCAACGUCACGCGUAUCAUGGACUGUGUCGGAUGCGACAAGUGCCGGCUGUGGGGCAAGGUGCAGACCACUGGUGUCGCGACUGCUCUCAAGAUCCUCUUUGAGAUGGACGAGAAGGCGCUAGACCCGCGCCUCAAUGCCAACCUACUCUCCCGGACGGAAGUUGUUGCUCUCCUCAACACACUCCAUCGCUUCUCCGAGUCGCUUCAUGCGACAGAACUCUUCCGCAAGAUGUGGCGCGAGACGUCUGAGUCCGAAUCCGCGUCCUUGAAGCGCGACGCUGAGAACGCUCUCCGGCCACCAAUUCCGUCGAAUGGCACCUACGUGCCGCCAGCGUACUUUGUUGGUCGCGUCAAGGAGUUCUGUAGAGAGGGAACUCGCAAUUGUGUUGCAUUGCUAUUCGGCUUCAUCGAGGCGAUCACUCAGACAGUGGGCUCCUUGUUUAGAUUGUCAGGCAAGGAGGAUGGACCGCACGCAGAGUUGUAA